AUGGACGAAGGAACUGAUGCAAGGAAAUCCUUGAAAACAGACUCUUCACGCUGCGACGAGGAUAUGUUGGUGUCGUCAACCGAGGCCCGAAAGAUAUCACUGGCCGUAAGGACAUCAAAUCUGCGCUUGAAGCCGAGCGGAAAUUCUUUUUAUCUCAUCCCUCAUAUCGGCAUAUGGCUGAUCGUCUCGGAACCCCAUACCUGCAAUAUACCCUCAAUCAGGCAACUGACAAAUCAUAUUAGGGAUACACUGCCCUCACUUCGUGAUGCCCUUCAAAAGCGACUAUUCCUUCUAGAAAAGACGUGGCUGAAUACAAGAAUUUCCAGCCGAAUGAUCCUUCCAGAAAACAAAGGCCCUCUAUGCAAAUGGUGCAACACCACGCGUGACAUCGAGCGUUCCAUUGACGGCUCAUCAGCCAAUAUGGUACCGGACAAA